UUUUCUCAAAAGGAGCUCAAGGUGGUGUACGUGCUGCUUUUCUCCAUUUUAUCCUUGCAACAAUCCUGUGAGGUAGGUUUUGAGGAGUGGAGGUGUGGUGAGCUGGCAGCUGUGGGAAGCACCUCCUUUGUGUGGUAUAGGCUUGCUACUUGAGCGACCAUGUCUGGCAGAGCCAGAGCCAGAGCAAGGGGCAGGGCCCGUGGCCAGGAGACUGCUACGCCUACAGUAGGAGUACCUACGGUUCAGGCACCUACCUAUAUGCAAACUGCAGCUCAGCAACCUGAAGCUGAGCCACCAGCUGAAGGAGAACUAAUUGGGCGUGGGCGGCAAAAAAGAGGACCUGUUGCACCAAGAUCGCAAGAACUUCAGAUUUCAGCUGGUUUUCAAGAAAUGUCAUUGGGAGAAAGAGGUGGACGCCGUAGAGACUUCCAUGACCUUGGCGUAAAUACUCGUCAAUCAAUGGCACAUGUUAAAGACUCUAAAACAGGUGCUUCAGGUACUCUGAUAAAAUUAAGCACAAACCAUUUUCGGCUGACUUCUCGUCCACAAUGGGCCUUGUUCCAAUACCACAUUGACUACAAUCCACAAAUGGAAGCCCGGCGUCUUCGUUCAGCUUUGCUGUUUCAGCACGAGGACCUAAUUGGGCGGACACAUGCUUUUGAUGGGACAAUUUUGUUCUUGCCAAAGAAACUGGAAAACAAGGUUUCUGAAGUGUUUAGUCAGACCCGACAAGGAGAGACUGUGAAGAUUACAAUCACUUUAACCAAUGAGCUGCCAUCUACUUCACCUACAUGCCUACAGUUUUACAACAUUAUUUUUAGAAGGCUACUGAAAAUAAUGAAUUUGCAGCAAAUUGGACGAAAUUAUUACAAUCCAAGUGACCCAAUCAGUAUUCCCAAGCACAGGUUGAUGAUUUGGCCAGGUUUUACAACUUCCAUUCUGCAAUACGAAACAAGUAUCAUGUUGUGCACAGAUGUGAGCCACAAAGUUCUCAGGAGUGAAACUGUUUUGGAUUUUAUGUAUUCCAUGUAUGAGCAGGUGGGAGAACAGCGGUUCAGGGAAAUAUGUGCUAAAGAACUGGUUGGCUUGAUUGUUCUUACAAGAUAUAACAACAAAACAUACCGAGUUGAUGACAUUGAUUGGGAUUCUAAUCCCCAAGCUUCCUUUAAGAAGGGAGAUGGAACUGAAAUCAGCUUUAUGGACUACUACAAAAUGCAAUAUAGCCAAGAAAUCAAAGACCUGAAUCAACCACUUUUGGUGAGUCAGCCGAAGAGGAAGACAGGCCCAGGAGGUGUCAUGGCAGGUCCAGCCAUACUUGUUCCUGAACUUUGCUACCUUACAGGCUUAACCGAUAAAAUGCGAAGUGAUUUUACUGUUAUGAAAGACUUGUCUGUUCAUACAAGACUUGCCCCAGACCAGAGAAUGCGUGAAGUUGGAAGGCUCAUUGAUUACAUUAACAAAGAUGAUAAUGUCCAGAAAGAACUUCAUGAUUGGGGCUUAAGCUUUGAAUCCAACUUGCUUUCCUUUUCGGGACGAGUUGUUCAGUCAGAAAAGAUCCAUCAAGGAGGGAAAGUGUUUGACUACAAUCCGCAACUUGCAGACUGGUCUAAAGAAACCAGGGGAGUAUCUCUAAUCAGUGUAAAGCCUUUGGAUAACUGGCUGUUAAUCUACACACGGAGAAAUUAUGAUGCAGCUAAUGCAUUAGUACAGAAUCUCUUCAAAGUCACACCAGCAAUGGGUAUACAGAUGAACAAGGCAAUGAUGAUUGAAGUAGAGGACAGGACAGAAGCAUAUUUGAGAACUUUGAAGCAAAAAGUUGAUUCAGAUACAAAGAUGGUGGUCUGCCUCCUCUCCAGUAACCGUAAAGACAAGUACGAUGCAAUCAAGAAAUACUUGUGUACCGAUUGCCCCACUCCAAGCCAAUGUGUGCUUGCUCGGACAUUGAGUAAACCCCAGACAGUAAUGGCCAUAGCCACAAAAAUUGCUUUACAGAUGAACUGUAAAAUGGGUGGGGAGCUCUGGAGUGUUGAGAUACCACUGAAACAACUCAUGAUUGUAGGAAUUGACUGUUACCAUGACACCACAGCUGGCCGGAGGUCAAUUGCAGGAUUUGUUGCAAGCCUGAAUCAGGGAAUGACACGUUGGUAUUCACGCUGUGUCCUUCAAGAUCGUGGACAAGAACUUGUAGAUGGACUUAAAGUAUGCUUGCAAGCUGCUUUAAGGACUUGGUAUACCUACAACAACCACAUGCCUUCUCGCAUUAUUGUGUAUCGAGAUGGUGUUGGAGAUGGUCAACUGAAAACCUUGGUUAACUAUGAAGUUCCUCAAUUUCUGGAGUGCUUGAAAGCUGUUGGGCAGGACUACAAUCCCAAGCUAACAGUGAUAGUGGUGAAGAAGCGUGUGAAUACAAGAUUCUUUGCUCAGCUUGGUGGAAGACUUCAGAAUCCACCUCCUGGCACAGUAAUUGAUUUGGAAGUUACCAGACCAGAAUGGUAUGAUUUCUUUAUUGUGAGUCAGUCUGUGAGAACUGGCAGUGUUGCACCAACCCACUACAAUGUAAUCUAUGACAAUAGUGCGCUGAAGCCGGACUACAUGCAGAGGCUAACAUACAAGCUCUGCCAUAUGUAUUACAACUGGCCAGGGGUUAUUAGAGUUCCUGCUCCCUGCCAAUAUGCCCACAAGCUGGCUUUCCUUGUGGGUCAGAGCAUACACAGGGAACCUAACUUGUCGCUGUCAGAGAAUCUCUAUUACUUGUGAAUCUUACAGGAGAGGAUGAAGAACAGUAUGGGAAGAUAACUUGUAUCGUAGACAUUUUUCUCCCCUUUAGAGAUGUCUUGAAUGUGGAGCUUAAAAAAACAAACACUUGUUUCAUCAUGCUAUGCUGUUUCACUUAGUAUUAUGUCAAGCUAUUACUUGUGACUUCAGCAAGAUGAAUUUUUAGUUAAUGUUUUGUUUGAUAAAGUGUACUUGGUUUUUUUGAACAUGGUUCUUCCUAAAGAACCGUAUUUUUCCAUUUCAAUAAACUGUUAACACAUUAA